AUGGCUUUCAACGAACAGCCCUCGAACCCUCACCCCGAUGCUGUAGCUGAAGACGCUACGGCAGCCGUCGAGGCGAUCGACGGAGUCUCAGCACGUCAGCUGAUCGACGAAGCAAAGCGCCACUUUGCACUCAAAGAAUACGUUCAGGCUUCCGACAAGCUGGCUCUUGCUCUCGACGACCUUCGAGAAUCUCACGCCGAAGAUGCCGACGAGGUUGCGCCGGUCUUGCAACUAUACGGCCAGAGCGUGCUGGAAAACUUCAUCCUCAACUCGGGCGCCUUAGGAGGAGGUGGUGGCUCUGCUCCCUUGCCCGCUCCUUCCGCUCCCGUGGCUUCUGGAUCAUCGUCGAAGCCAUCCGGCUCGUCCUCGUCGAGUGCGGUCAAGAGCGAUCCCCGCUUCAGCUUCACUGGCGAUGCGGAGGAUGACGACGACGAUGAGGAGGAGCAAGCCGCUGCCGGUGCUGCUGGAGAGGGUGACGACGACGACGAUCUGCAGCUCUCAUUUGCUGUGCUCGACCUCGCCAGAGUCAUCUACAAGCGCAUCCUCGACUCGGACUCCCAAAAGCUGACAACACUAGAUGGGCAGGAGUGGGGCAAGACCCGCAUCCAAGCCGAGCUGGCGGAAGUGAUGAACUUGCUCGGCGACGUCGGUCUGGAAUCGGAAAACUUCACCCAGGCAUCGGCCGACUAUAAAUCGAGUCUCGACAUCUUGCUCCCUCUCCUCAACCCGCACUCGCGUCGACUUGCGGAUGCGCACCUGCGUCUUGGGCUCGCGCUCGAAUUUCACCCGGAUGUGGAGCAGCGCAAGGGCGCCAAGGCCCAUGUUCAAGCCGCUUCUGAUGUGUGCGGUGCACGUGUUGCUGCGAUCCAAGCUCGUAUCGACAACUUCACCGCGCAAACCAUCUCGACCACAGACGCCGGGGCGGAGAAAGAGAAGGACGACCUCGCUGACCUGCGCGACGAAGCGGCGCUCAAAAAGGAGCUCGCGGACAUCCAAGACUUGAAGAAGGAGCUCGACACCAAGCUGGAAGAGUACGACACCGAGGACGGACAGGCGCAGCUCAACGGCCAGCCCGACAUCACGGGCGUGCUGGGCUUGCCUGCGGAAGCGGCGGCAGCGGCGGGCAUGUCGACCAAAGAUGCGCUGCAGCAGGCCAUCAAGGAUGCGUUCCUCGGUGCGCAGGCCGAGGGCGCGAGCGAGGUGAACCCUUUCACGGGGGCGAGCAAGGCCAGCGCAGCAGAUGCGCCGGUGAACAACCUCAGCUCGAUGGUCAAGAGGAAGAAGAAGACCGACGAGGAAGGCGCGACGGCGACGAACGGAGAGACGGACGCCAAGAAGGCGCACACCGAGGCAUGA